AAUAUAAAGAUUUUGGACAUAAAAACAACUUAAGUUUGAAGAAAAACCAACUUAAUUCACUUACAUCAUUUUCUAAAAGGAAAAUAUUGAUUCUUUUGUUUUAUAUUAAUUUUUUUUAUUAAUUAUUCAACAAUGCCAUUCGUUCAUAAGGAAGGUAAAGAUACUAUAAUCUUUGCUUCAAAGGAAGAUCAUGCAACACCUAGUAAAAUAGAUCUUCCAGAACCAGAACCAAGUCCUGGUCUUUUGUUAGCAACUGGAGAAAUCAAUUGGAAUUGUCCAUGUUUAGGAGGUAUGGCUACUGGACCGUGUGGUUUGGAAUUUCGAGAAGCUUUCUCUUGUUUUCAUUAUUCAACUGCAGAACCAAAAGGUUCAGAUUGUUACGAUGCAUUUAAAACUAUGCAGUCAUGUAUGGUGCAAUAUCCAGCGUUAUAUGGAAAGAAAGGAGGGUCUUUAGAUGAUUUAGAUGAUGAAGAAGAUCCAAUGGAUGAACAUAAAAAAAAAUUAGAAAAUGAAAACAAAGUCACGCAUUUAGAAUCAAAAGUAAAAGAAGUUCCUCACAGUUCUAGUAUCGAAACAGGAAUAGAACAAACUAAUGUUAAAUGAAUGAUUGUUUGCUUGUCAGUAAAUAAAUAAAAUGUAAUGCAUUUGCAUUACAAAGUUAGAGUAAAUUUUUACUAGAAUUUAAUAAAAUAGAAUUUCUAAAGUUCUUACAAGAAAUAGGUUGUGCAAGAAAGCAUUUUUGAAAUAAAAUAUCUUUAAAUAUUGUUUUCCCGUUAUUUUGUUCUCAAUUUUUAAAAUUGAUACGCACGCAUAUAUUUAAAUUAUAUUAUUAAUGAAUUAAAUUAAAAUUAAAAUUUAAAUCUCGUAAUCUUACAAUGAUUAUUUUUAUUUAAAGAACAAAGUGAUGCUCAAACAUAUUAAAUUAAUAUUUUUUUUAUUUCUUAUUUUUGUUCUUUGAAUUUCAGUUGACUGAUGGUGAUAUACUGUAUAUAUUGUAAUCAAUAAAUUGUUCCACGAAUUAAUAAAUUACCAUCUUAUAUAUGACGCACGAUUUA